ACUGAUGGCUGUGAGGUUUCAUAGCACAAGUGUCACUCUUGUGCUCCUCCUGUGUGUUUUGGGAAGCCAAGCGUUGGAGCUGCUGAGAGUGACUUCAACAUCAGGGGAUGCUCCGUCCACCGCCGCAGUGAAAUGCUGGUGUCCCUCCUACCCGAAUUUGACGGUUUGCUCCUGGCCCGAGCCCUCCCAGUCCGCUCCCAUGCACUACAUCGCCACGUACAGUGAGAGAAGCCAGCAGGCAAACAGCACUUCUUGCAGUCUCAUCAAAGCUGACUCACCCUCGUCUGAGUCUGAGCAGCUGUGGCGCUGUCACUUGCCCAACAUGAAACUUCUCACCGACUACAUCGUCAACGUCACAGCAGUUAGUUCCGGCAAAAGCAGCUCUCAUCUGACCAGUUUCAUGUUGGAGGAUAUCGUGAAACCAGAUCCUCCCGUAGAUGUUCGUGUUUUCCCUCACAGUAUCAGAAACUUGUCCGUGGAGUGGUCUCCUCCCCCGACGUGGGCAAGCCUGGACAUCUUCCCCCUCAAGUACCAGAUAGUCUACAAGUGGGAAAACAGGGGCAACCCACACUCUGUCAAGGUGGGUCCAUUUGAGAGCACCAGGGCUAAGCUGAAGGGGCUGCUCCCGGGGAGGGCGUACCAGUUCCAGGUCUGUGCCAAGGAGCUGCUGGAUCUGGGCCACUGCAGCGACUGGAGCGCUCCUGUAAAAGUCACCAUACCAAAGACAAAACCAUAGGGACUCCCACUCGCUGCCCUUCUUAAUGUGAUCAUAUCUUGCUAAGCUAGCUUCGAAGUAAAUCAGUGUUUUUCUGUUUUAUUUAUGUAUUUAUUUAUUCAUUUAUUUAUUUAUUUUGAAUAUCACACACAAUGCAAGUAUUUAAUUUAAUUAAGAAAUUCUGUGAUACAACCCUUUCAAUUUAAGUUCUUACUGUUAUUGUAUUGUAUUUUGUAUUUUUUCAGGACU